UAUUACUUCAUUAGACUUAAGUUUUGGUGUAUACUGUUUAAUUUCUAGGUUAUGAAAUCUUUAUUAUAAAAAAGUAAACAUUAUUUGCGGAAAAUAAAGUAACUAAAGAAAAAUAGAUAUUAAUAAAUAGGAGGUAUAGAAUAAAAUGUGGUAGUAAUUAAGGUGGAUUUUCUUUACAACACUAACAUUUUCUUUUAAAUCAUGGCGAAUUCAAUUUUGGCCAAGUCCUCUGCACUAUGGCACCGUGCUACAAUAAGUGUUAUUCAACCAUACCGGACUACAACCAGCAAGCAUUACAAUCCGAAAUUCAGAAAACAUCGCGCUCAGAAGUACCUGAAGAUUGAUCUACCGGACAUGAACGAGGAUCCAGACACCAUCCCCCCGGAGAAGAUGAGGCAGAAGAUGAAAGAGCGCGGGGUUUUACCCCCUCGCCCCUGGAUGGAACGACCAUUUUAUAUUUCCGCUACUGGUGGAGUUUUCGAAGCCUAUAUCCCUCCGGAGGGUGAUGGAAAAGCAUCCCUUGUAUCGACGACCCGAGCAAAGCAAGCCGUUCAAUUACUCGAGAAGAAAUCAAAGUCAAUGAUGGCCAUACGGAAAGUUAAAUCAUACGAAGAGGAUUUCGAUGCGAAGGAAUUCGCUAAAAUAGCUCAGGAUAUUUACAUUAAAGCUCACGAAAGCUUGGCUAAAGGUGACAAAGCUGAAUUGAGGCGUUACGUGACCGAGAAGGCCUACCCGGAGUUCAGACAUAACAGUCAUUUGAAGACGAUACAUUGGAGGUAUCUGGAUUCAUUGGAGCCCCCGAGGGUGGUCCACGCUAGAUGUACUGAUGUGGUCUCCAAGGAGAACAUCUUCGGACAGAUCACAGUGCGUUUCCACUCUCGCCAGCAGCUGGCCGUGUACGACAGGUUCGGCCGCUUGAUACACGGCAGCGAGAUCGUAGCGAAGGACGUGCUAGAGUACGUGGUGUUCGAGAAACAUCUGUCCAACGUGUACGGAGCGUGGCGGAUCCACGACAAGAUCAUACCGGACUGGGCGCCGCCCCGGGAACCCUCGCGCCUGACGAGGGCGAAGCCCGACCCUCCGCCCGCGGAGCUGAUAGAGGAAGGCAAAGACGAAGCGAAGGAUGUGAAGGAACUCGAACAGAACAACCAGCCAGCUCUAGCCAGCGCCUGAUGAUGCAUGUUAAUAUAUAGUUAGAUUGUU